GGCCGCGUUAUCUAAAGUUUGUGUUACCCCGUUAACGUGUUAAGAUGCCGAAAAUGGUACCUGUUUCCGUUGUCACAAUGGAUGCGCAGCUAGACUUUGCUCUGAAAAGCAAUGCGUCAGGACGCCAGCUUCUUUCUCAGGUUUGCACUGCCCUUGGCCUAAGAGAAAUGUGGUACUUCGGUCUUCAGUAUAUGGAUCAUAAAAACAGACUGACAUGGGUCAAAACUACCAAAAAGAUUCCAGCGUCUCAAAAAACCAAAGAUACUCUGCAAUUCUCUUUCAAAGUGAAGUACUACCCGGAGGAAGUUUCUGAAGAGCUUAUUGAGGAGAUUACGAGACUAUACUUCUAUUAUGACGUAAAGGAGAACAUUGUCAGUGGAAAGAUAUAUUGCCCAGCAGACACUGCUCUCCUCUUAGCUUCUUACCAGGCAUUAAUUCGUCACGGAAAGUUCGAUCCAAAUGUUCACACCACGGGGUUUUUAAAAGUGAAUAGAUACCUUUCUCAAAAUGUACGUGAGCAGUACAACCUAACGGAUGAAGAAUGGGAAGCGAAAAUAGUAAAGUGCCAUAUCUCACACGGAGAUCUAUCCAAGGAGGACGCAAUAAUGGAAUAUUUGAAGAUUGCUCAAGAUCUGGAAAUGUUUGGAGUAACUUAUUUCAAAAUCAAAAAUGCAAAGCAAACGGACCUGUGGCUUGGGGUUGAUGCUUUAGGGUUGAACGUAUACGAAUGCGAUAAUCAGUUAACACCAAAGGUUAGCUUCCCAUGGAAUGAAAUACAAAAGUUAUCCUACUCGCGCAACAAGUUUUCCGUUAAACCUGCUGAAGCAUCAGGCAAGGCGCUUACAUUUUACACCGAUAGCACACACACUUGCAAGCUUAUUCUGAACCUUUCCACUGGGAACCACAAAUUAUAUGCCAUCCGACGACAACCGGAUUCUAUUGAGGUGCAGCAAAUGAAAGUUAAAGCUAAAGAGCGCCAGAAUACACGCGAAGCUGAAAGAGAAAAGCUACGUGCGGAGCGAGAAGCACGAGAAAUGGUAGAAAAACGAUUCCGUGAGAUGGAACGUUUAAUGCAAGAAAACGAGGAAACCUAUGCACGUACUCAGUCAGUUUUAGAACAGUACGAAGCCAAAGUUAGUGAACUUAACCUACAACUCGAGGAAGAAAAACAAUCACGACAACAACUUGAAGAUUUGCAACGACACUUAGAAGAAACAAAUCGCCAAUUAGAAAUGGAGAGUGCCCAAUCACUGGAAGAGCGUCAGCGUCUUGAACGGCAGCAUGAUUCAAUCAGUGCAGAAAUCUACAUCAGCAACAGCUAUUACAACAACGUGAAGAAGAGAAACGUAUUUUCGAAGCUGAAUUGGCUCGUGUUCGUGCUGAGCAUGAAGAAGCAAUGAAGCGUUACAAUGGAGACAAAAAAGAUUCUGACGAGCGUGAACUACAAGUGGUCGAUGCUAUGGAUGAUGAAUUCCGACAAUCUAAAGCGGAUACUGACCAGGAUCAUGCCACACGCCUGAAAUUAUUGCGACAAGACUUGAAUGCUGUUCGAAAUCGACAGAAAAUGCAAGCUGUUGACAUUCACUACGAGGAUAAUGUCAAUAAGGGUAUGGAUAAAUAUCGCACUUUAAGAGCCAUACGUGAGGGUAAUACGAAAAAGAGGGUGGAUCAAUUUGAGUCGAUGUAAUUUGUACGUAUUUCAGUCGUCAUACUUGUACUAAUCCAAAAAAGAAUUAUUGUUGUCCACCACUAUUUUCUUUCUGUAUAACAGCAGAGAUAGAGCAUAAAAAAUCCCUGCCUCAAAGACAAACUGUUUGUUCAUUUCCUGCUUCUAUUUAUUUUUUACUGGCUUUAUUAUUUUUAUCAUUAUUACUGUCACGUCUUCUCCUUAUGUUGCAAUGAAUCGAAUGUGACACUAAAUGUGCACACAAUUUCUUCCUUAGCGAAAAGAUUAAACGGUGGACUUUUAACCACUCAGGCUUCUUUUGUUUAUAACUUUUGAUCUUAUCUGUAUGCUGCGUUUUCAUUUGCUCAAUUUAUAUAUAGCAGAGCUUACUACCACCACUAGUAAUAUGUAUCAAAACCGAGACUAAUCAAAUCCCGAUUGAUGAAUAAUUCGGCGUCAAUUUUUAUAUCGUAUACACACACAUUGAUCUGCUUAGACUUUUGUAUGCACGGACUUAUUUUUUUGUAAUACCUUGUCAAUUUUUAUAAUCCAUCAAAAAAUACAAAGCAAAUUAUCGAACACUGCGCUGUGUACCAUAUUAUUGAACUUAAAAAAAACUUUAUGUGGUAAGUUGAUACGCAAAUGGUAUAUCAGGAGUUACACUUGGCUUGAACGAGAAACGGGCUAUCGAUUUCCAGAGCACUGGGAAAAUGUUUCUAACGAUUACCUGCUUACGAGCGAGGCUAAAAGUCAUCUGCAGGUGUUAUCGUGCUUGUUGCUUUUUUUUUGUUGUGAAAAUGCACGUAUUUUCUGUGUG